AUGUCUGAAAUUCUUUUGCUUCUCCAUCCUACGGUUGUGACCGAGGAGAGUCUUGUUGAAUCGGCCAAGUCCGGCCUCUCUGGAAAGUUCCCCGAGGCUUCUUUGACCCAGCACAUUAUCGAUCGUAUAGCAAACGAUAUGGUCGAACUACCAUCGUCCCACUUUGACCACAUUCACUAUGUGAACCCCAACAAGUCCCACUUGUCGAUUCCUCCAUCUGUCAUGGCCAAACUAUUUGCCUCUCUCAAAAACGGAGGCGAGUUGCUGGGAGACUUGCCCAAGGACCAAGAUCUCGACGUGUUGAUGAACGGAUUCAUUGUGAAAGAUGAUGGCUCUUGGUCCAAGCCUGCUCCAGUUUCCACGGUUUUGCUCAGGAAGAAAAAGCCUGCGGAGACUGCGGCAAGAAAAAUGCCUACAUUCAAAAAGCCCGUUUCUUCUCCGGUCACUUUAACUGACACAUCUGCCAACAAUACAGAUGCAGAGGAUGACCUUUCGAUGAAGAGAAAACUCGACAGCACGAAGUUGGCGUACUUCAGCGACGAUUCGAGUGGUGAAGAGGACGACUUGAUCGACGAAAAUGAAUUGAUUGCUGACUCGCACAAAUUCAACGUCAACAUAGUGGUUCCUAAGAAGUGUGAGUUGCCCAACGGAAAAAAGAGAAAGAAGGCCUGUAAAGAUUGUACUUGUGGCUUGAAAGAAUUGGAGGAACAAGAAGAGCAGGCUACUCGUAAUUUGCAAGACACUUUAUUGGGCAAAAUGGCCCAGCUGGCCACGUUGGAGGCUAUCAAGAUCGAGGAAAGAUUGAAAAAGUCCCAGGUUCAGUUCUCUGCUCAAGACUUGACAGAGAUUGAUUUCACGGUGGAAGGAAAGACUGGCGGCUGUUCUUCUUGCGCUCUUGGUGAUGCUUUUAGAUGUGAUGGAUGUCCUUAUUUGGGUCUUCCCCCUUUCAAACCUGGCGAGGUUGUCACUCUUGAUAGCUUCGGGGAGGACAUUUGA